AAAUUGGCGUAUUAGAAAGCGCGGACGUAUAAAAAAUAAGAUUUUCGUAGGAGCACAUCUUGUUUCCUUUGCAUCUUGCUUCUGUAUGGAAGUGGUAGUUCUUUAUAUUAUUAUACUCACGGUUAUAUUUAGUUAUACUCCUUCAUGUGUGCGACUAGAAAUCCCGGUCGUGCAUAACCUCUUUAAUGAUGUAUAAUGAAUUUUGAAAAACUUUUGGGAAUUAUAUGAAAACGAGGUUCUCUUGAAAGGAAGAAAAUGAGUAACUAUGACUGUAUGUUAAAUUGAUUCGGACUUUGUAAAAGAAAUUCGUGUGUAUGUUUUUCAAAAUAGAACGUACGAUAACGUAUAAUGAAACUGGUGUCAAAAAACAUCGAAAAGGGUGGAGAAGGGAGUGUGUCCCUCGUUCCGGAAGAUGCGGAAGACAUGUGGCAUGCUUAUAACUUAAUCACAGAGGGUGAUUAUGUUACAUGUUCUACUUUUAGAAAAGUACAAUCGGAGUCCGCAACAGGAAGUUCGGUUAGCCAGAAAGUGCGAACGACUCUUAAAAUAUGUGUAGAAGGUAUUGACUUUGACACGCAAGCGUGCAUGUUAAGGCUGAAAGGACGAAACGUGGAAGAGAACCGAUAUGUCAAGAUGGGAGCAUACCACACUUUGGAUGUAGAGCCAAAUAGAAAGUUUAUAUUGACUAAAUCAUAUUGGGAUACGAUCUCGGUAGAACGGGUGGAUAUGGCCUGUGAUGCAACUCAGAGGGCAGAUGUAGCUGCUGUGGUAAUGCAAGAAGGAUUAGCUCACAUCUGUCUCAUAACUGCAAAUAUGACCAUAGUUCGUGCUAAGUUGGAGCACGUUAUUCCUCGUAAAAGGAAAGGCUACGUGUCUCAACACGAGAAGGGUCUAGGCCGUUUCUACGAAAGUGUGAUGCAAGGCAUUCUUAGACACGUAAACUUUGAAAUAGUUAAAUGCAUAAUUAUAGCAAGUCCAGGUUUCGUUAAAGAACAAUUCAUGGACUACAUUAUUCAGCAGGCUGUGAAGUCUGAUAAUAAGGUUAUCUUGGAAAACAAAAGUAAAUUUAUGCUGGUUCAUUCAAGUUCUGGAUUUAAACACUCUUUGAAAGAAGUUUUAGCAGAUCCAGCUGUGGUCAACCGUAUUUCAGAUACUAAAGCAACUGGAGAAGUCAGAGCAUUGGAGUUGUUCUCUACUAUGCUUCAAACGGAUCCAGAUAAAGCGUUUUAUGGCAAAAAUCACGUAGAAAAGGCUUGCAAUGCUCAAGCCAUCGAAACUUUACUCAUAUCGGAUAAGUUAUUUAGGUGUCAAGAUGUGACAGUACGGAAAGAGUACGUCAAUCUGGUCGAAAGUGUCAGAGAAUCUGGUGGUGACGUUAAAAUCUUUUCCAGCAUGCACGUAUCCGGUGAACAUUUGGAUAGGUUGAGCGGAGUGGCAGCAAUAUUACGAUUCCCAAUGCCGGAGUUAGAUAGCGAAAUUGAAGGAAGUGAAUCUGAAGGGGAUGACUGACGUCAUUUCCGUUUUAUCAGCAACAACUUCGUAUUUUUAUGUUACGCGCAAGGACAAUUGUUGCAUUGUAUAUAAAUUGUUUUAUAUAUAAAACUGAUUUUAUUAUUUAUACAGAGUGCUGGUUGUAGGAUGUGGAAUUAACGGCAUCGAUAAUAAAGCACGCUUAA